UCAGCAGCUGUGUGUGCCGGCCGGCGGGCGUGAGGACGCGUGAGCAUUGCAGAAUGUGACAGCAAGGAUGCAGACGACCCUCCAGGACUUCUGAAACAACCGCAUUGAAUGUGACAACAAAAAUUGCAACUGUGGAAUUAUAUCAAAGAAAUGAAAUCAUUGAUGCGUAAUAUACAAAUUUCUGUGUGUUGAGUAUUUUGCGGAAACUGCGAACUUGCAAUGCAAAAGUGAAACUAAAUUAAUCGUACACGGCCUGUAGAAUAUUAUAUUAAAUACUUUACAAUAUCAGUUCAGAAAGCAACAAUGGCAUAACCACAACGAUUCAUAAAGUAGAAGCACACGAUGAAUUACUUACAGACGUUUUGAAAGUAUUUAAAUGUGUAUGGAACAUUUGGCGAGGAAUCUUAAGGCUGUUUUGUGUGUGGAUUUGUAGACAUGCGAACAAAAUUCGAAUAUUCAAUAAGAGCGAUCACAUUGUUAUAUUGCAUUCAAAACUGUGGAGUGAUUUUUAACUCAGAAUAGAAUAUUAAUUUAAAAUAGUUUUCAACAAACCACGUGGACUAUUUGGCGAAGAAAUAGAAGAAUUUCAGUAAAAUUAUAGUGAUAGAGAUUCAGUUCCUGCGAGAAGUCUUUGAAAACAUAGAAAAUGUGAUGAAAUAAUUAUAAUCUUACUGAGAUGAACUGUUAAUCCGUACGUGUUCCUUCAGUUUAGCACACGCAGAGUACAGAAACUUCCACGUCCCACAAGCGAAGACUGACACAAUGCGCUGCAGUUUAUCGCUGGUGCAGUCAAGAUGAUGUCCAAGAAGCAGUGGUUGGCGCUCCUCACGCUGUUCAUCUUGUACGUUCUGUUGGGCGCUGCUCUCUUCCACCACAUCGAAAGCAACCUGGAGGUGGAACGACGCGUACAGGAGCGCCAUGAGCGGCUCGAGAUACAGGCCCUGUUGACUGCUCACUACGUGGGGGACUCCACUAGCACCCAGGCGCACAUCAUGCAGAAACUCUCUGAGUACUGCGGGCGGCCUAUGUUCGCGCCUCACAACGGCAGCGAUGUGGAAGAUUUUGAGCCAUUCUUAUGGGACUUCUACAACUCCGUGUUCUUCGUCAUCACCGUCGUGAGUACAAUAGGUUACGGAAACUUGGCGCCCUCCUCCUCUCUGGGCCGUAUGCUCAUGAUCCUGUAUGCUCUGAUUGGGAUCCCAAUGAACGGGAUUAUGCUGGCCACCCUGGCGGAAUUCUUCAGCACCGCGCUGGUCCGCGUCCACCUGCGCUACAAGACAAAGCCUUCUGAGACUCGAGCCGGUAUGGUGGCCGAUAUUAUUCUGUACCUGAUACCUGGUUUCGUCAUUUUUAUCUUCUUGCCCACUGGCGUCUUCAUGCACUUCGAGGGCUGGACCUUCGUCGAGAGCCUUUACUACGCCUUCGUCACACUCACCACGAUCGGCUUCGGCGACUUCGUAGCAGGUCAGACGGACAAACACAGGGACAGUGAAGGUCUGUACUUGAUGUACAAAGUGAUGCUACUGGUGUGGAUCGUGUUCGGUCUGGGAUACCUCGUUAUGAUCUUGGGCUUUAUCACGCGCGCAAUGCGGUCCAAGAAAGUGGCACAACUGGAACGAAAACUCGCCACCAACCUGAGGCAGACGCAUUCCAAGCUAUGGAACACCUUCACUCGUGACGUCAGUUACCUGCGGCACGUCAUCAACGAGAUGUACGUCUUGACACUGAAGCCAAUUUACAAAGAUGAGGAAGAGAUUGGGUUCACUAUACGCACGCGCAGUAGCAGCGAGCCGAUGCUGUACGAUCUAUCGUCGCAUGAUGACGAGAUCAUCCCCGGGUUCGGGGUGUGGAGGCUGCGCGCCAACUCGGAGGCGGCGGCCGCGGGCUCGAGACCGGUCCGCGUGAUGUCCGAAUCUGACCUGGAGCGAAUCGACAAGGACGCAACGUUCAAGUCCGCCGCCGCCAAGAUUCAACCGGGCGAGCUGCUAGCCCACAUGGUUAACGCCCUAGGCGAGGAAGAGAACGGCUUGCAUGGCUUCAGUGACACAGAUAUUCUCGCUAGCGAAGAACCUAACGCUACCUGGAAUAUUGGUGGGGAGGCUAUCCCUAAACAGAGAAAGCGUGCGGCAAGCGAGGUUCGCAUCCCUAUGAAGGAGCAGCAAGACACCGCCGAGUGGACCUGGUCGGGCGAUGAGGCGUCGCGACGCGUGCACGGUCUAUUCCGGGCCGGGCUCAAGAGUCUGGUGCCUUCUGAACACACGACUCGCAGGCCCUCCAUAUUCCAGCUGGCGGCGGCUAAAAUCAAGCAGCCACUGAAGAAGCGCCACAAAUCUAAGAGCAUCGGCGACCUGUUCAUUGCCCCGGAGAAUCCUUCUGUCCCGUGUCCCCCCAUGCAUCCUGCUCUCGAAGAGACGUCACUUGCCGACUUCCUGCGUGCCGUCAGCUCGUUCCAGACGCGAGUGGCGACGCCCCCCGACUCGGCUCCGCCCCGACGCAAGGCAGGCACCGCCAGCAUGACGCCACCUGGGUCACUAAUGUCUCUAUUCACACCCCAUAACAUAGACCGGCGUAUGUCAUUGCGUCCUAUCCCGACGUCGCGGCUAAAUUAUGCUGCCUCUCGACGCGCGUCCCUGGCGUCUGUGUCCACGCCCCCACCUAUGAACCGACGCAUGUCGCUUCGCCCCGCCCCCUUAUCGCGGUUACCCCCUACCUCUUCACGACGAGGGUCUCUCCAUCCAGCGAACAGGCGCUUCUCCGUGCGUCCCGCAACAAGCACACUGCCGCCACCGUCCUCCCCGCCCCCGGCCCUGCACCUUAUGGCACCGCACCUGUUUAAAAGACAGACGAGCGAAUCGGGACACGUGAGCCGGAAGUGAACGUGACCAAGUGGCGAACCCAUCUGGAGACACAAGUGCCUGCCCCGCCUCAGGGUUAGAACACGGCAUUGAAGAGAACAACAAGACCGUAUUUCGUCAGAUUUUUUUUUGAUCAUGGAACUAUUUUCGCCUCGAAAAUUACUGCCCCCCCUCCCCGCCUGAAGGUAUUGGCUAAAAGUGUGAAAUAUAGAACCAAGGCAUGAGAGUGCAGGGCACAGCUUAAGUCAUGCAGCGUGCUGUAUGUCCGAGCGGAUCUGCGUAGCGGCAACUUACACUAGAGUUGUAUUAGAGAUGUUCUCAAUUCGGUCGGGGCACCAGGUACCCUGACUAAGCUUCUUUUGGCUUGUUUUGGACUUCAUCCAUCGUCUGGUAUGUAAAAGACAAAAGACCACGACGUUUCGGAGACUGAAUCUGUCUCCAAAACAAGCCAAAAGAAGUACAGUAUACACCAUCGUCAGAAUCAUUUCAAGUCUACCCUGACUAAGGUUUUAAUUUGUUUUCCUCAGUCCCUUGAGACUGUUACCAUGAUAGUUCCUCGACCGCUUCUUUCUAAACCCUUUCCAAUUUAACUAUCAUCCUACAACCGCUGCAACAUAAUUUAGAUACCGACAGAAUUGUAAAAUUACUUACUAAAUCAAUACAGUACGUUUUGUGCCUCACAUUUCUCGUAGAUGAGGUCCACUCUGAAAACACUUACGGUCUCUUUAUAAAGCGUUGAAUUAUUACGCUCAAGGAGACUAUACCUGAAUUGGCAUAGCUCAUAACGCAUUGCAGAAAUCUCACUUUAUAGAAAAACAGGAGUGACGGACAGCAGCUUGAUGGAGUACAGUAAUAAAGUGACCGCUUUCUGGUCCUGAUGUUCGAAAAGAUAUUCAUAAAACAGACAUUCUCCUAAUAAAUAUGAUGGAUCCGAUGGCAGGAUUAUCCGAACGCUCAUAAUGAAACGGAAUUAAAUAUUCUCAGACAUUCUUUGCACAACAGGUUAAGCAAAUGCUUCUGCGUUCCCAUUUUAUAUUUUAGUUCCAAAGGUUCUCGACAAUAUUUCGAAUUGCAAAUUUGCACUGAACUUUGUGAGGCACUAUGCUGCAAGCCGGAAGGUAGCUGGUUCGAUUCCCGAUGUGGUCAUUGGAUUUUUCAAUUGACCU